AUGACUUACACAAACGGUUCAACGACGAAUGGUCACCAUGUUAAUGGGGACCAUGCCAAUGGGGAUCAUCCCAAUGGAGAUCAUAUCAAUGGCAACAACACGAAUGAGUACUGUAUCAAUGGGGAUCACUCAAACGGCCACAGGCCUUCUACCUUGAACGUGGAUGUGGAUAAGAUCGCCCUCUCACCAAGCGCACCAGAUGCUGUUCCGGUCCUUAUCGAUCAAAUCGCCUCCAUCAAAUCCGUCUCCUUGGAGAAUUCUCAAGAAAGGUUGAGGCUGCGGGAUGCUGCGAUAUCCUUAGCUAAUGCGCUAGAGACUCCGCGAGAGGCGAUUGUCAGACACUGCUGGACUACAGCUACCAGGCAUGCUGCUAUUGAAACGGCUCUGGCCUUGGGUGUGUUCUCUCAAUUAGCACGCGACAAGCCCAGGUCUGUCGCAAAGCUUGCGGCAACCACGAAGAGUGAUCCAGUCAUGUUAUCGCGCAUCAUGAAGCACCUGGCUGCCAUGGAGGUGAUUACUGAAGCGGGUCCUGACGAGUACACCGCGACAAAUUUCUCAACCACUUUGAGCGUGGAGCAAUACGGUGAUGCCUUCCCUAUGCUCUCGUCCUCCUUAUACCUGGGCAUCUACGCUCUCCCUAGCUUCUUGAGAGAGACCGGGUAUCGCAAUCCAACCGAUCCUACCAAGUCCCCAUAUCAGCUAGGACGCCAUAGCGACGAACACUUCUUCGAAUGUGUACAAAAGAACCCUACAUUGAAUAAACAAUUCAACCACCACAUGUCGGUUUACCAUCAAGGGCGACCUAGCUGGAUGGACAAAGGCUUCUACCCGGUUCGGGAGCGGUUGAUUGAAGGUGCCAGUCUCGGCGAGAAGGAUGUCUUCCUGGUGGAUGUGGGUGGUAGCACUGGGCAUGAUGUAUCGGAAUUUCGUCGCAAAUGGCCUGAUGCGCCUGGCCGCCUUGUUGUGCAGGAUCUACCUGAGGUUGUAGAGACUGUGAAAGAUUUGCAUGUGUCAAUUGAACCAAUGGCGCAUGAUUUCUUUACGGAGCAGCCAGUCAAAGGAGCCCGGGUAUACUAUAUGCAUUCAGUUUUGCAUGACUGGCCUGACGAUAUGUGCCAUAGCAUCCUUUCGAAUCUUGCUUCAGCCAUGAGACCGGGGUACAGUAAGCUGUUGAUCAACGAAAAUGUUGUCCCCAGUCUCGCGGCUCAUUUUGAGACGACCAGUCUCGACAUCAUCAUGAUGUCGAUUGCGUCGGGGGAACGCACAGAGAAGCACUGGACCGAAUUGAUUGAAGCCUCGGGGUUGAAGAUCGUCAAGAUUUGGACAGUGCAGAAGGGGGUGGAAAGCUUGAUUGAGUGCGAAUUGGCUUGA